CUUUAUUUAUUGACAUCUGUCAAGUCAGCGUUUUCGGAUAUCAAAAUAAUAUUUCUAAAAAAUUAUUGCCAAUCAUUUGAAGUAUAAUUUUAAAUGCAAUGGAAAAAUGGAUAAUUUGUCGUAUAUGUUUAAAACCUUCUGCAAAUAUGACAGAAAUAUUUCGAAAGAAUAACAAUGAAGAAAAUAUAGUUGAGGACAUAAAGGAAUGUGGUGGAAUAGUGUUAAAUAACGAAGAUGAUCUACCAAAGAAAAUUUGCAGCAAAUGCUUAAAAUUGUUAAAAAUAUCACAAAAAUUUCGGAAGCUAUGCCAAAUAUCGGAACAAAAGUUGGGUGUACAACAGCAGGAACUACAAAAUAUAACAGAUAUAAAAAAUGUAAGCAGUAAACCGAAUGAGGCGGAAAGUGAGGAUGAGCCUAUUAUUGUAUCUGCAAAAAUAAAAGAGGAACCUAAUGCAGAUGACACGGUCAAGGAAACAUAUGAGAUCAUAGUAUCUGAUUAUGUGACCGAAAUGUAUGUGGGAGAGACGGAUGUUGGUUGUGAGUUGGAUAAUAUGCCAAGUGAAGAUGAUGAAUUUUUACAAGAAGAAACAAACUUCACCACAGAAGCAUCAUAUUUAGCAUCUAAUAGCAAUGACUAUGAACCGUAUGAUGAGAGUCAAAGUAGUGAUUAUGGAUUGGAACAAAAUAGCGACAUUAUUAACAGAACUGUAAGCGAAACUGAAUUGCAAAUAACAUCUGUACAAGUUAUGCCCACUACGUUUAAGAAAAAAAUAAGUAAAGAAAAUAAAUCGGAAACAGGAAGUACACAAAAGACACCAGCCAAACGCAAACAGGCACUGAAAUCGUAUCCAGCGCACAUUUGUUGCCAUUGUGGAAACAUUUAUAAUGAGAAAUCUAAAUUGACAGCUCACAUGAAAUAUCACAGAAAAGACAAACCACAUGAAUGCGAAAUUUGUCACAAACGUUUUACUCACACACCACAAUUGGCGCGCCAUAUGAACUCUCAUACAGGCAAUCGCCCUUUUAAAUGCAAAUAUUGCAGUGCUGCUUUUACAGAUCCCUCAACAAAAAUUAAACAUGAACGUAUACACACUAAUGAACGACCUUACAGUUGUACAAUCUGCAAUAAGAGCUUUGCCUACUCAAAUGUCUUGAAAGUGCACAUGAUGAUGCAUAGUGGUGAAAAACCUUUCAGUUGCGAAACUUGUGGCAAAAAAUUUGCUCAAGUUCAUCACAAAAAAGCACAUGAACGUACACACAAGAAGGGAAUCCUUUUUAUAUGCCCCGAUGAUAUGGAUUGAUGCAGAUCAUUGUGUAAGUUUUCUAUGAACAGUCAUCGCCUAUGUAUCAAUUUCUAUAAAUUAGUUUAUUUAUUAUUUUGCAUGCUUCUAGCUCAGGUCACUUAUUUAUAGAUAAUAACAAUGCCAUACAAAACAAAUCCCCAUUAAAAUUUUUAAAUUUGAUCGUACAAUGGCGAUUUAGUCUACAGCUAACCUCGAGUUAAAGAAUUGUAUUAAUUUGCUCUCUAAACCCUGUUGCAGUCUAUUUAAUUUGAGUUAUAGAAAAUUCGAGUUAUAGAAGUCGAGUUAUGGAAGUUUCACUGUAUAUAAAAUACAAUGCCAACAAAUACUUUGUCUUCAGAGAACACAUGACAUAACUUGAAUAUUUUAAAUAAAUUACGAUUCAAAGUGUUAUAAGCACUUCUCAUUACACUAACUAAUGUUCGUUUUUAGUUCCAAAUUCAAUUACAAUCUGCUAGCGAAGAAACGCAAAAAAUGCUGCUUAUGCUUUUGCCGAAUAUUUUCUUUUGUUUUUUGUCUAGUAAAAUUGCAAAAAUUUUCUAGCAUUAUCACACAAUUUACUAUAGCUGCCUUCCUUCCUUUUUUUCUCGCAAUUUUUCAGUUAAAUUUCUGAUAGCAGCUGUUCUAUAUAAUGUGAGUGCAUUUUUUAAAGUCCUCCUUCCGUAAGGAAUCGAAAACUUUUAAAACAAAUGUGGAGUGUGUUUAAACACUUUAGGUUCAUUUCGUAAAUUAUCUUAAGCUUGUAGUGUGAACGGCAUAUUAGUAUUACGAAUUUUGGCUAAAAACGUUAGACAUCUAUACAUAAGUUGUCCGUGCUUCUAGUGUGCAGAAAUGAAUGAGAAAUAUAGUUAAGUAUAAUUUCAUAAGAUAUAUGAAUAAUAAAAAAAUUAGAUUUGUGUGUCAAAUAGAAUAAAAUACAUAAAUUUAAUGAA